AGUUUGUAACCGAAGCUCACAUUUUACAACAUUUACCUACAAUAUUUGUGCAACGAGUUGGCAGGCCAAAACGCGAACUUCGAAUCGGAAUGGCUAAAUAGUGCAUCGAUCUGGCAACUCAGCCCCUUUUUGCACGUUUUCACACACGCUGGUAGUUCAUCUGCGAAAGUUUAAAUUAUUACCUGUGAAAAUUGCUUAAUAAUUCGUCUGAAAACCAAGUUGAGAGUAUUUGUGCUAAUACUAGAAUAAAUUAUGUUGUGUUAGAGUCUUUUGGAGCCUAGAAAAUUUGGCUUCUUCUUCAAAGCAAAUCGUGACCUUGUGGACGUCAACGUGCGCGCAUGCGCAGAGUUCGCUGACAGUUUUUCCAAGAAUUUUCUCGUUAAGUAAAAGGGCAGCCACAAAAUGCCAAAGCAUAACGAAUUUAAGAAUCAUUCGAAGAAAGAGUAUGGCCAGCGCGGCGGGAAACAUGCUCCCCGAAAUGAAGUUGUAGAAAGUCCUAUCCAGAUGGGCGUCAAAAUGGGUGCAUCCAAUCCCCCAUUGCCAGAAAUGCCUAAGCUAGUACCCAUAGCCAAACUGGCCAGAUUCGAAAAGGGCUUCGUGGAUUUGUCUAACAAGACUAUUUUUCCUCAACAAAGCCCUCAGCACCAGAUAAAAAAUGUCUCAAAAGGCAAUCCGCAUGGUAACCUUGAAGAAUUCAAGGAGAACGUUCAACAAAAUGUUACCACUACCCAACAGCCGUCUUUCGUGCAGGAACAUAUCGCUUUUCUGGACCAAUGGCGUUCGAAAUGGAAUCGCACCUUGAAGGAAGCAAACAAUUUUGUUCUGCAGGAACAUGUUGAAGCGCUCCUGCCAACCCAUGCAUUCCACCAGAUGCCCAAGCUGGAGCCUAUUUCUUCAAAGUAUCAACCACCGUCAAGUAAUGAUACCUUAGUUCAGAACGAAGACUCUCCAAUUGACCUCUCCAAUAAGAAUGGGUUCCAUCAGGCAGAUCCAAUGGUUAACUUCGAUUUCCCAAACUCGGAACCCGAAAAGAGUCAGGCUGCUUCGCUUGAAGUUUACCUCUCAAGUAAGAAUAAACCGAAUGGGAAACCAGUGCGGCAAUCUGAUGCUAGCCGCUUAGUUAGCUUGGAUCAUCAAUAUGUCAAGGUGAAAAAUCCGAAGGGAGCCCUUGGGAAAACCACUUGGCAUAAGAACAAUCUGUGCGAUCACUCUUUGACCCAAGUAAAGAAUCCAAAAAAGUUUCGGAGCGUAAAGGAAAUGAAAGAGGAAAUGAAGCGUUGGGGCGAAAUUGAGAACAUUUGCAUGCGCUUGAGGGACAUCGAAGUGCCGGACAAUGUGGGCAUUGUAAAGGGGCCUGUCACCUUUGAGGAUGUUUUUGACGUGCUGGGCAUUAAGGAGGAGCCGCAGGAACCGCAGCUGCAAGUUGCUCAUCCUCCUGCUGAGCUCAUUCCAGAGAAAGAGGAUCCGCUAGCCGGCGCAUUUGAUAAUAACAUGACCCUAGAUGAGGAUAUUGGACCCGAUGAUUUUGACAGUCUCUUCGAGUAUCUAGGACUAGAUAAGCCUUCUCCAUUGGACCCACUUCCUGUGGACCUAUCUUCAUUGGACCCAUUUUCAAUGGUUCCACUUCCAGUGUUCCCAUCUCCAGUUGUCCCAUCUCCAGUAGUCCCACUUCCAGUGGUCUCACUUCCAUUAUUUUCAUCUCCAGUGGACCCACUUCCAGUGGUUCCUUCUCCAGUGGUCCCAUCUCCAGUGGACCCAUUUGCAGUGGUCUCAUUUCCAGGGAUCCUAUAUCCAGUGGUCCCACCUCCAGUAGUCCUUACUGGAAAGGAGGAUUCCAUGACCGAUUGGACCGAUUCGACCGAUUCCGAAGACGAGACGAAACAGCCAGCAGAGAAGAAUUCUCAUGCUGUGGUGGUGGUGUCCCAAGGAGAAGAGGAGAAGUACAUUGAUGUGGAACACGUGGACACGGAGCCCUCUGAACAGGAGAGCUUGACUGAAAAAGAGAAUACCGAUGAGGAAGAGGAAGAGGACUCCUUCGAUGAUUCUGAUUGGACAAUGGGAAACGAGGAAGAGUCGGACACCGAAUAAUAACCGACGAUGUUUCUGUAUAUUUUGACUUUA